AUGAAAAAGAAAAAAAAUAACAAUUUAAAAAGUUACGAGGAUAAUAUUAGAGAAAUAAAAUAUAAAGGGAAAAAAUGGGGUUUGUCACCUGAAGAAAUUAAUUUUGCUUAUGAAGAAUCAUUUUUGUACUUACGUGAAAAAUAUCCAAAUAUAAAUUCUCGCCAAAAACCAUCUUCUUCUUCGGUAAAUUCAUCAUCGUGGUUAAAUCGUUAUUUAAUUAAAAUUAUUUUUACCGUCGCUUUCAUUAUUUUAAUAGGACUCGGAUUAAAUUAUAAUAAGCCGGCUCAUAAUUUUAUCGAACGUAAUAUUCAAGAAAUAAUAUAUCCGUUUAUGAAAUUAUACCGAAUAAUAACCUUGCCCUUGGUUCUUUCAUAUCCAAGUUUAUCAGAAUUAUACGAUGAAUCUUGCUUGUUAGAAAAUCCAUAUUUUCAAGUGUCAAACAUGGAUUGUUGGCCAUGUGAAAAUAUUAAAUUCGUUUUAAAUUUGACUGAUUCAAAACAAAAUAAUGCUCAUGUAGGAUUGCCUUAUAUUAUUAAGGAUAAUUGCAGCAUAGUAAAUUUAUCUCAAAUAAAAAAUAUUUAUCACAAAUAUCAUGACGUUAUGAGUAAACAUGCUGAAAAAAUUCAAAGUAAUUAUAAAUUUAAGACUGCUUCAGAAUUAUUUUCGCAAAAUUGGUCUGAUUUAGAAGAUUUACACGUUUCGUGGCGAAUAAAUCGUAUGGAACCUGCCAGAGUACUAAGACACAUAUUAGGAUUGCCAAAAAAUGUUGCUAAUUAUGAAACAUCCAUACUAAUCGAAAGGUAUUUACUUUAUGACGAACCAAAAUCAUCAUCGUAUCAAAUUCCAGCGACUGAAGGUGCAAAUGUUUUUUUAAAACAAUUAUCCGGAAGUAGACUCAUAGUUUUAGAACCAACUUCGGAAUGUUUAAAUUCCUGUCAAAGACUUUCAGUAUUGCUUCAAGAGCAACAUAUUCUGUGGUAUAAUUGGUGGUAUUGGAGACCAAGAAGUUUGCCUGUCAUCAACAACACCCAGGGUAGUUUAGCUCUCCUCGGAUCAGCCGUUUGA